AAUGCGGAAUAUACGGAUAUUGUAGAGACAGAUAAGGGCAAAGUUCGUGGAAAUAUACUACAAACUAUUCAUUUGAAACAUCACUACUCAGCUUUCAAAGGUAUACCUUAUGCUGAACCACCAAUUGGACAUGGACGGCGAUUUAGACGUCCUGUACCAGCAAAACCUUGGAGUAAAGUAUUAGAUACUACCAAAGAUCCAAAUGCCUGUGCACAAUGGGAUAUAGGUGUAAAUAAUCAUUAUUAUGAUUACAUUGGAAGUGAAGAUUGUCUUUAUUUGAAUGUUUAUACACCAGAAUUAAAUUUUACAAAUCCCAGACCACGAGCUGUUAUGGCAUAUAUCCAUGGUGGAUCUUUCCAAUUUGGUUCCAUCGAUAGUUCAAAGUUUGGUCCAGACUUUUUGAUUGAAAAAGAUGUUGUGGUAGUUCUGAUGAACUAUCGUCUUGGUAUCUUUGGUUUUCUUGCGUUUGCACCAGCUUAUUUUGAUGCUAAUAACGGCUUGAGAGAUCAAGCUGAAGCUCUUCGAUGGAUUCAAAGGAAUAUAAGAAAAUUCGGUGGUGAUCCUGAUAAAGUAACUCUCUUUGGCGAAAGCGCUGGAGCAGCUUCUGUUGAAUAUCACAAACUUUCCCCACAAUCUAAAGGUCUUUUUAGAGCAUCAAUUGCAAUGAGUGGUACAGCAUUGAAUAGAUGGGCAUAUUAUCUCCCUGAAGCAGCAUCUUAUUUAGCGUGGAACGUAGUUGAUUCAUAUUUUUAUUAUUAUUUCAGUCAAAGACAUUUGUAUUCAAGAAUGGUCAAUGCUCCUACUAAUGACCUACUUUAUUUACAAAUGUUGGGCACUGUCUCUGAUUUGAAUCCUACUUUAUUCAGACCAACCAGUGAAGAUCCGUCAUUAGUGACAGAUCCAUUUUUAACUGAUCAUCCAUUAAAUUUGUAUAGAUCGGGAAGUUUCACAAGGAAGCAUCAUAUGUUAGGAUUCAUGAAGAAUGAAGGCCUUUUAGUUGCUGCUCCUGUUUCAGUAGUAACUGACUUUGUGAGUAGAUUCAUCGCAAAUUCCUUAGCAAGAGCAGUUACGGGUAUUUCUUUUACUAAAGACAUUGAUCUAACUCAACGUUUUCUGGUUAGUCAUGGUGGAGCCCCUGUUUAUUAUUAUCAAAAUUCCUUCGAUUAUGCUCAAGCAUUACACAAAGUUGGCGCAAUGAGAUCCAUGGAUGGUGCUUCUCACGGUGAUGAUGUUGCUCAUUUAUUUUGGGUAAGUGAUCAACAACAACCAAUAGAUCCAGAUAGUGACAUUGGAAGACAUCGGCAGAGAGUGGUAACCAUGUGGACUAAUUUUGCUAAAUAUUUGAAACCAAUCGUAGAUGACAAAGGUAAUGACACUUUGAAUAAUAUUAAGUGGGAAGAAUCAGGUCCAGCUGGCGGCUAUUUGGACAUUGAUAAAAAUCCAGUUUUUCAUGCUGAAAGCAGACCUACAUCUGAACAUACGAAUGUUGUAGAGACAGAUAAAGGCCAAGUUCGUGGAAAGAUAUUGCAAACUCUUCACUUGAAACAUCACUACUCAGCUUUCAAAGGUAUACCAUAUGCUGAACCACCAAUUGGACAUGGACGGCGAUUUAGACGACCGGUACCAGCAAAGCCUUGGAAUGACGUCUUGAAUGCUUUCAAUGAUCCAAAUAAAUGUGCUCAAUGGACAAUGACCUUGACUAAUUAUUACCAUGGAAGUGAAGAUUGUCUUUAUUUGAAUGUUUUUACACCCGAGUUGAAUUUUACAAAUCCCAGACCACGAGCUGUUAUGGCAUAUAUCCAUGGUGGAGCAUUUGAGUUUGGUAGCAGUGAUAGUUCAGAGCUUGGUCCAGACUUUUUAAUAGAAAAAGAUGUCGUGGUAGUAACAAUGAAUUAUCGCCUUGGUGUAUUUGGUUUUCUCACACUCAGAUCCCAGAUUAUCGAUGCUAAUAAUGGCUUGAGAGAUCAAGUUGAAGCUCUUCGAUGGAUUCAAAGAAAUAUAAGAAAAUUCGGUGGUGAUCCUGAUAAAGUAACUAUUUUUGGAGAAAGCGCUGGUUCAGCUUCUGUUGAAUAUCACAAACUUUCCCCGCAAUCUAAAGAUUUAUUUAGAGCAUCCAUUGCCAUGAGUGGUUCAGCACUAAAUGAAUGGGCAUUUUCUUCUAUAGAAGAAUCAUACCGAAUGGGACGGAAUUUUGUUAAUUCUCUAUUCAAUUAUUGGAAUAAUGAAGAAGAAUUGUACAAACGACUUGUGGACGUUAGCACUGAAUUCCUGCUUGAUAUGCAUUGGUUUUUCUGUCUUUGGUACGAUCCUAUUCCAUUCAGACCAACUAUCGAAGAUAGUUCAUUGAUAAUAGAUCCGUUUUUAUCAAACCACCCCAUGGAAUUGUAUAGAACUCAACAAUUCAGUAUGAAGCCUCACAUGUUAGGAGCCAUGGCAGAAGAAGGCAUUUCAUUUGUUGCUCCUGUUUCAAUCAUCACUGAUAUUUUGGGUAACUCAUUUACGAAACUUUUAUCAGCAGCAGUCACGGGUGUUGCUUUUCUCAGAGACAUAGAUCUUACUCAACGUUUUUUGAGCAGCUUUAGUGAUGCACCAGUUUAUUAUUACAUCAAUUCUUUCGAUUAUGAUCAAGCUUUGCACAAAGUUGGCGCAAUGAGAUCUCAAUCGGGUGCUGGUCAUGGUGAUGAUAUUGCUCAUGUAUUUUGGGUAAGCGAUAAACAUCAACCAAUAGAUCCUAAUAGUGAUAUUGGAAAGCAACGACAGAAAAUAGUAACUAUGUGGACUAAUUUUGCUAAAUAUUUAAAACCAAUCCCAGAUGAUAAAGAUGAUCCGAUUUUGGGUGAUGCAAAAUGGGAAAAAUCAACUUCAGAUGGUGGUUAUUUAGAUAUAAAUAGCGAUUUAAUAUACCGUGCCAACGAUAGACCGGUAACUGAAUUCAUUGAGCAGUUGGAGUAUGACCGAGUAAGGUUGCAAGGAUACUAAAUUGGAUAUUCAGUUGCAAGAAGUGGUCCUAUUUAAUUUGCUGCAAAUUAAAAUAAAAUAAACUUCCGUUUGAAAUAAAA